UGAACGCUGAAAAUAUAUCAGAAAAAUUACUAAUCGAUUGCCUCUUCAAUCUCCACGUAUCCCACACUCUCCUCGCCGGCCGGAUAGAUAUUUUAAAAAAAUAAAAUUGAAAAUGGCGUUCUCGUCGUCGUUUUUAACUCCCACUACAUUCAACACAAACAACCGGAGGUUCUCUCCGUUUUCUCCCAAAAUAAAAACCAGCAAAACCGUAACAGUAUCCGCCAUUCCACCUUUUACCACCGCGUCCGCCGCCGACUUGUCCUCAUUCGACGGCACAGCCCUCGCCGUCAUUGGCGGAGGCUCCGUCGCUGCAUUAGCCGCCGCGCUAUCACUGACCGAUCCCGAGCGUCGGCGGCGGAUGCAAGCGGAGGAAGUCGGAGGCGGCGACAAGGAGGUGGUGAGAGAGUACUUCAAUAGCACGGGAUUUCAGAGGUGGAAGAAGAUAUAUGGUGAAACAGAUGAUGUGAAUAAAGUUCAGCGUGAUAUUAGGUUAGGUCAUUCAAAGACAGUAGAGAACGUGUUGAAGAUGUUGAAAGAUGAAGGCUCGCUUAAAGGAGUAACCGUUUGUGACGCUGGUUGUGGGACCGGAAGUCUCUCGAUUCCGCUGGCCAAAGAAGGAGCGAUUGUUUUGGCUAGUGAUAUCUCUGCUGCUAUGGUCUCCGAGGCUGAGAAGAACGCAAAAGAGCAGCUUGGUGAAAAUGUGUUGCCAAAAUUUGAAGUGAAGGAUCUAGAGAGUUUAGAUGGGAAGUAUGACACAGUAGUGUGUCUAGAUGUUUUGAUACAUUAUCCACAGACUAAAGCGGAUGGGAUGAUUGCUCAUCUUGCAUCAUUGGCGGAGAACAGACUGAUAUUAAGUUUUGCGCCCAAGACAUUUUAUUAUAAUCUGUUAAAGAGAGUAGGAGAGUUGUUUCCAGGGCCUUCCAAGGCGACUAGAGCAUACCUACAUGCAGAGGCUGAUGUGGAGAGAGCUUUGAAGAAGGUUGGUUGGAGGAUCAGAAACAGAGGGCUCAUUACUACGCAAUUCUACUUUGCUAGGCUUGUUGAAGCUGUUCCAGCAUAAAAAUGGAGGAGAGGUUAGAUCUGAAUUUUUUUUGCUGUUCUUCAAAAUUCCUAGCUAGUUGGUUAAUAUUUUUGUAAAGCUACGAAAUUUAACUAUAUUUACCCAUUGUAUGCUUGUAUUUCCUGAAUCCAUGUACCUUUAACAUCUAAUGCACCUUGGGAAAGUUUUGUGGGUCA